AUGUGGUACGUCCGAGUCCGCCUGAAACUUCUCACAGACUUCUGCCAGGACCUCUUGUUGCGUCUCGUUGAGGACAUGUGGUUCCACCGGCUCCUUUUUGGAAUUAAACUCCUCAUCCUCGAUGGACAACUCCUCUACUCCCAAGAGAUCAGGUGCGAGCUCGAAUUUGCGGCAGAAAUCUAUGCCUUUGACGCAGUGACGGGCACAGUUUAUUCACCAGCUCUUCACAUCCGUCGCCCAGGAAACUCACUGAAGCUCCCGUGUCUAGCAGACCUUCUACGUGAAACUAUUGCAUCUUUACCGUAG